AUGGCACCGCUUUCGGAUGAAUCGAAGAAAGCAAUCGACCGAUUGAAGUCGUAUACCUCGCCAGAAACAGCAUGGCCUACAAUGCCUAUCUCGAGGAAGGCGGCAGUCUUAAUUCUUCUCUUUGCUGACGAGAAAGGCGAUCUGAGAGUCGUGAUAACAAUGCGUGCCAGUACCCUCAGCUCAUAUUCCGGACAGGCCGCCUUACCCGGUGGCAAAGCUGAGCUCGGAGAGACGGCAUUUGAAGCUGCAAGGAGGGAGGCUUCUGAAGAAAUCGGCCUCCCUCGACGAGCAGAAUCCUUGCCACCGCCAUUUCGAGUCGAACAUCUUUGCGAGAUGCCGACCAAUCUCGCCAAAACCGAACUUGUGGUGCGGCCCUGCGUCGCUUUUCUGCAUUCACACGACCCUGAGACAGGGUUGGACGCAAGCGUAGCAGAGAAACUACUACCUAGGCUUGACGCCAGAGAAGUAGCGGCUGUCUUCUCCGCCCCCUUCAAGAACUUCCUGUACGCUGAAGACUUGCCCGGUCAGCAAGAUCUUCCUGGUAAGCCAAGUGAUUGGUAUAAGGGCAUGUGGACGGAUUGGCAUCAGAGUCGGUGGAGGAUGCAUAACUUUUUCGUACCUGUCACCAAUCAGAUCGUCUCAAAGCCCAAGAAGAAUGAAGGACAGAAGGUUGCAGCGAGUCAUCUAGACAAGUUGGCACGCUAUCGAGUCUUUGGCAUGACUGCGAGAAUAUUAACUGACGCUGCUCGCUUUGCAUAUAACCAGGAGCCAACAUUCGAUCACAACAGCCAUUUUGGAGAUGAAGACAUGAUUAACCGACUCCGACGAAUUGGCCGGUUGGGAGACAUCAGGAAGCCAGGCGAUGAAUUGACCAAAGAGGACUUGGCCAAAGCUGCAAAUUUAUGA